GUCUGCUCUCAUCUCCAAUCAUUUGCUGUGUGCGACAUCCGUGACUUGCAUCUUGUAGUUACCGUUUCUCGGACAUAUUACCCAAGGCCCAGCAAGAUGAGGGAUCAACUCUGAAUAUGCCAAGCGGGCGAUCGAUCAUCCAUGGGUAGCACUCUAGAGCAGUGCUAUCCCCUCCGUGCUGCACUCUGCGUCUCUUCGACUCUGCUCCCGGAAGCUUUUGAUUGAAGAGAGGACGCCAAGCGUGCUCGUUCCCGCGUCAAUUGUAUUUGAUGACUGUGAUACUUGUAGCGAUGUGAGAGGAACAAAUUGAUGACACGAAUGAUUGGGCGCGAGACCCAGGAUCAAGUCUAGUCCGAGCAUCCGGGGCGCUCCAUCGUUCGGCUGAAUGGACUCACCUCUCUCACAACCCGAGUGGCAUCUUCACUUCCGCUCUAUGACGAUAACAUCACACAUUUUUGGAUGACAGACUCGUAA